AUGUGCUUUGCCGACGGCGAGCUGCUGGGCGACGAGCAGCGGCUGCUCCGCUGGGCCUACGACAAGUGGGACCACUGCGAUUUUACACCCCAGGCCCUUUACCAAGCUAUUACGGAGGAUUUCUGCACCAAAUAUAUGAAAAAUAGCCAGCAUGUGUUUGUGUACUUGGAUAUAGCCAUUCAGCAACAGCCCAUCGGGACACUUUUAUUUGAGCUCUUUUCGGAUGCGUGUCCCAAAACGUGUGAGAAUUUCCGCGUUUUGUGUACAGGGGGAGUGAGGUCGUCUUCCACUGGUCUCGAGCUCACUUACAAAAAUUCCGUUUUUCAUCGAAUAGUAGAAAAGGGAUGGAUCCAAGGAGGAGACAUAGUAGCCAGAAGAGGAGAUGGAGGAGAAUCCAUUUACGGUCCCACCUUUGAAGAUGAAAACUUCUCCAUCCGUCACAACAAAAGAGGGAUCCUGGGCAUGGCCAACACAGGACGCCACAGCAACGGCUCGCAGUUCUACAUCACCCUCCAGCCAGCUCCCUACCUGGACAAAAAGCACGUGGCUUUCGGGCAACUGAUUGAGGGCACAGAGACUCUUCAGAAACUGGAAGCCGUGUCUACAUAUAACGAAAGGCCUGUUGAAGAAUGUAAGAUUAUUAACUGUGGGGUCUUUGAGCCGUGAUUGCAAGUGGUUUUUCCUUCAUGUAGAAAGGUAGAUUGCUAUUUUCUGAUCUGUUUUUUAUAGAC